AUGUCCAAUGAGAUUCAAAAAUCAAUCGGUAUCGAAGAGACGCGGGUAGUGGUAAUAGUGGAAGGUUUGUUUAGUAAGACAAAGACCGGUGGGCUUAAUGUAGUUUUGGGAAACAUGAGGAUGUAUAAAUCACGUAUUGCUACAUCUUCGGAGCAAUUCAACAGCCUCACUGCCGUAUAG